UGUAGGCGGCGUUGACCAACGUGAUGCCGUGGUAAUUACAGCAAUCUAGCCGGUUGCUCUUUUUGUAGAUGGGACAGACUACACCUUCCAUCCACUCCUCCGGUAGUUUCUCCUCCUCCGAAAUCCUAGAAAUUAUCCAAUGAAGUGCCGUUGCUAGCGGUUCUAGGCCAUUUUUGUAGAGCUCUGCCGGAAGUCUGUCCUUUCCGGCUGCUCUGCUAUUCUUCAGCUAACGAAUUUUCUCGCCAAACCUCUUGGCACUGCGAGGUUAACUUCCAUUGCGUCUCCUGCUGCUAUAUCGCCGUUGAGGUGCUCAUCGAAAUACUGCUUCCACUUGUCGACCACCUCGCACUCGUUUGUGAUUAAAUCCCCUCCCUCGUCCCUACACAUGUCAGGUUUAAUGUGUAGCGCUUACGAGUUUGGUCCACUUUCUCGUAAAACUUGCGCGUGUCAUUAGCCCGGAAUAGUCAUUCCAGGUCCCCAUGAUCUCUGUCCACUUUCUGGCUCUUUUGCCUUCUCAGGAUUGUGGUCAACUCAUUCCGCGCUCGUCGAUACUUGGCCAAAUUCUCUCUCGUGGAUAUGCUAAGAUAGUUUUUCCGAGCCCUUUCUUUCCUCUCUAUCGCUAGUUGGCAUUCUCCUUCAAACCAAUCAUUUCGUGCACUCGAACGUUCAAACGUUCACCAAUAUUUGCAUUCCACAGGGUCUGGGAGAGAAGUUCCCAUUACAGCUGGGUCCGUUCUGUAGAUUCUCGAGCUUGGUUAAAGAAGAACGUUAUACAAACUUUAUAAGCGUUGCUUCAAUGACCAUUCUUCUUUCUUCUUCAGCAUAGAGCCGGGGUGGCUCGUGCUGUUUCAAGCACUCGUCUCCAUUCAACUCGGUCUUGGGCCACUCGUCAAUUUCCUAGUCGUCUCAGAAGUCACAAAUCGCUUUUGACCUGGUCGAGCCAUCGUGUACGUUGGACCCCCCUGUUCCUGGUACUGGUGGGAUUGUUGAAGAGGACUAUUUUCGUCGCACUGUCGUCCGGUACCCUUAUGACGUGUCCGGCCCACCGUAGCCUGCUAACUUUCGCUAGAUGUACGAUAGGAGUCUUCCCAAGCAGUGCCUGUAGCUCGUGAUUCAUACGCCUCCGCCAUUCUCCGCUUUCCGCUCGUACACGGCAAUGGCGCGUAUGUCCUCCGUUUUGUACAUUGUUAGCUUCGUGCGGCGGCGUAUGCUUACUGAUCGUAGCGUUUUACGAAGGCCAAAGUAGGCCCGAUUUCAAUGACCACGCCUUGUCUCCCCUGAGAUUCUAUAAACACCUUUGUUUCGUUAUUUUCUUCUACCGUUCCCUCCGUUAUAAAAAAAUUAGUUAAAUGCCUGAUCUCAUUACAAAGGUCAAGCCAAAAACACGGAGGUGGUUGAAAAAUUUUCGUUUUUCGAUUAUUGUUCAAGAGUUAUGAAUUUUAGAAAUAUGCGAUGCCCAAAAAAAUGGAAAAUUUCCAUUUAAGGAUAUGUAUUUAAAUGCGGAAGAGAUUGACGCAUUUUUUUUAUUUAUUUCCAAAAAGACCUUCAUAUCGUCGGGAUAAAUAAGCCAUUUCUGAUUUUUGAGAGAAAAUAAAAUGUCAUUUACGUCAGUACAAAAUGAAAAGAAAAGUCCCAAAAUAGGGCCUUGAGGCACACCUGAAGUGAUUACUUAGAUUGGGUUCGAAAGGUUUCUGUUAAAUUAUUUAGUCUUUGACGAUUGGUCAAAGACGAAUCAAAUUAUUUCAGGAGUCCCAUUUUUUUAGGAGUGAAUAUUCUUUGUAAUGGCCUUACUGAAGUCUGAAUAAAGAGCUUCUGUACGGUCUUCCUCAUUCGGUGUAUUCAAUGAAUAGUUCGGCAAGAUUUAUAUGUCCGAUAUAGGCCGAAACAAGUGAACCUUUUUAGGCAAAUUAUGAACACUUCAGAUUGACAAAUGUUAAAUAAUUUGCAAGCUGCUGCUUCCUGCAAUGCAGUAGACCAUUAAAGAUUCCGUUCUUCGCAUAUGGGAAAAUAAAACCUCCGUUCUUCACAUGCGGUAAAAUCGCAAACAUAUGUUUCAUCGCACUGACUCAACGCAACGUGCGUUGUGCCCCUCCUCGUCCGAUUAGGGUUGACAGAAUAUGUCCGAAAACCGUCAACGCGCGCGCUGACCAGCAAAAAGUCGAAGGUGUUUUUAGCGCGUUAUCACUCACCUGUUUCGCAGCGCGAUCUAUUGUAAAGGUAAAGCUGUGAAGUAAACGCGCGUUGCAGGUUGUAAACAACAUAUUUGAACAGCUCAUGUUCUGCUGUGUGGACAGCCUCAGCCUCAGCCUCUCCUGCCUAUGCCUAUGUGCUUGCUCAUUCGCUCGAAAGAACGCCUGCAUGCCUGCCUGCUCGCAAAGAGUGCAAAGCUGUCACACUCAACUGAACCGUACCCUAUCUAUCUUGGGGGCAGAGUGACGUAACGCUAAGUUGACUCGAGCAGUCAUUUGUUCGUUUAUUCUACCGCCGCCGUACCGUCAACUUUGUAUUCGAUGGACUAACUAAGCGGGCCGGCGAGGCAGGCAGGCAGAACCACUCACGACCGAACUGAGUGAGGAUCAGCCUGCAUGUCUUGACGGGAGGCACGGUUUUGUCGGGUUCGUUCAAUUAUCCAUUAGUUAGCAUCGGCGGUGACGGCCGCUGCCUGGCGCUGCUGUGUUCGUUCACUCGCCACGUCAUAUUUGUUCAGUUUUCGUUUUGCUGUCCUCCCCGCUAGGUGUCUGCCUGUGGUAUUCUCGCCUCCGGGGAGGGUGUAUUGUGUGUGUUGUGUGUUGUGUUGUGCUGUGAGAUAGUGUCGCUGUCAUUUCGAGUUACAUCGCAAAAGAUGUCUUGGUUUGCCAAGUUCUCACCCGCCUGUUCAGUUGUUAGUUGAGCACAAGAUAUUUACUAUGCCGGGUGGUUUAUUGAAGAUCGUCACGUAGAAUAGUGACAUGUGUAAUGCCGUUUGUGUUAUGAUUUACGCUCGUCUCUUACGAUUAGUGGACGGUUUACUCAAGUCUCGAACGCAUAGUGAUUCUUUUGCGAAUGAUAUGAUAUACAGUGAAAACAGUUGUUGAUUAGCACUCAAGGACAUUUAGAAUGAAGAGGCCUACCGCAUUCCUACAACGAAGCUGACGUAAAGCAUGACGAAGCCAGUCAACUAUUUUCAGCAGUGAAUGGGAUACAUUAAUCAUAUUGAAGCUUUGUAUCAGGAAGUACAACUUUACCCUACAGCAAACUGAAAACUGAAGUUGAUGCAGUUCUGUGAUCUGAUUGUGGUUGUGAAUUUAUAACGGAAACCUAAUUGAGUGUCAACUGGAGGAUCGCGACACUGCAGCAGCAUGAUCAGUUACCGUGAAAUUAACGCCUUGGUUGUCAAGAGCUGAUCAAAGGGAUCGGCCCAAUUGGUAAAUGGUGUGGAGGUGGAAUGUAAAUUAGUCGAAGAAAUCAGUUGAUCGUGAAUCCAGGUCAGGUGUUGUUAAAUCGUUAAGAUCUGUGCACGGGCAGUGAAGCAAAGUUCGGCGCUAGGCGGCGAAUGAACAGCGAAUAUUGAAAGAAAUUGUAAAAAGUGGUAGUAAAGGCGACAAAAUGGGCAUUGAUAUGGGUAUUGUCGAUGAGCUGGAGCGAAUCCCCAGCACCACACUGGCUGCACUGCGGGGCAUACUAGUCAAAUCGUUGUCACGAGAGAAUUUAAGUCUGACCGAUCAACAGCUGCUGGCAAAUCGGAAGGAACGUCACGUGUCGUUCAAAGUUGCUGGCAACAGGGACGCAAAUUUGCAGAAACAGACCAGGCCAUCUUCAGCUAAUAAAGAACAACAAAAGGAACGCGAAGAGCGAAUAAAACAGAUCAAGGAACGCCAGAAUGAGGAACGGCAGCGAAAGCUAGAGGAACUGAAGGCACAAGCACUGGCGGCACAGAAAUUUCGCGAACAAAAGGAAGAGGAACGCCGACGCCGAAUGGAGGACCUGCGGCGACGCGAAAACGACCGACGCUCACAGGUGGAGGAGCGACGGCGCGCGAUACAGGAAGCGGACAACGAACGACGACAGUACAUACUGCAGAAGAACCAGGAACGGGAACAGCGGAUGGAGAUCAAACGACGCAACGAGCGCAGCUCGAUCGGGUUCGCGUUCGGGUCGUCGACCCCGCGUAUGAUCGACACCGGCGACAGUGGCAUGAGCAGCUCGUUCUGGACCAACCGGCGGGCAACAUCCAUCACGAAUGUAGCGUACACCGGGGUACCACUUACGCGUCGCAGCUCCGAGCGGGAACUACCCGACGGAAGCUCCAAGAAACGUGCUACCUCCGCUAGUGGUUUAGAUAGAUCGACCGACGACGAUUCGGCUGACAUGAGCUACCAGCGUACCGUCAAUCGACGCAAAACCGAUCUUAUGCCCACCAUUCCUAGUCCUCGCGAUAGCUCUAGAUCAUCUUUCGGCACUCACACUCCCAGAACACCAGGUCGAGCCUUCUCGAUGACACGUCUAGACCAGCUGGCCCAACCACGUCGUCGCAAUGGCGAACACAUCAGUGCAAUCAUAGAGCGCGAGCGCCGUCAAGCUCUGGAGCUGGAGAACUUGACCCGCCUGUCGCUCUCCUCGUCCCGUUCGUCGCCGACGGCCGACGGUGGUUCCGCCAGCAAGCGCAUGUCUCGCAGCAUGUCCCAGUUGGCGAGUAGCGGCUCGGCCAAGUAUCGAAACACGUCGCAGGACUCGCACUCGGGUCGUUCCGCAGCGCGCAAGUCCUCCUUCAAUUCGUCGCUGCUGGGCGAGCAUCUGAUGAGCCGUUCCGACACGUCCAAGAGUAUGUCCCAGCUGAACACGGCCGGACGUGUCCCACGGAUCAACAAGGCGGAACGGCUCCGGCAGCAGGUUCGCGAACAGCUGAACGGUUCCAUGGCGGUAACAGGUUUGCGCUCAGGUGAAAUAACGCCCAACAGUCUGACAGCGUCCCGUCCGGGCAGUGCAAUGUCCAGCUCAACGACCGCUUCCGGUGUCGUGUACCGACGCUCGAUGCCAACGGCCACCAGUCAUCCCCGUAAGCCGCGCCCGUUCUCCAUUGCCGUGACGGGAGUUUCAGCCGGUCCGAAAGAAGAGAAACCCCCGCUUCCGAAAACAUCCGCCGCCAGUGGCGCCACUUCAUUGGAGCGCAAGCGUUCGCAAAGUGGUUCCAGCACACCGGCCAGAGUGGCACCGGCACCGGCGGACAGCGCUGCCAAGAAGCAUACGUCGGCUGAAAAGGUUCGCGUCAGCAGCGCCCGCGGUACUCCGAAAGCGUCGUCUACUCCUCUGCAGUCACCUGGCCCGGAUAAGGCUAACCGAACCUUGCAAGAUUCGCUGCAGCAGAAAGCACAGAAGAAACAACCGAAAGCGGACGAGCAACCACCAUUGGUGGUAGUUCAGCAACAGGAGCAACAGCAAAGCUUAGUCAAACAAGGGUCUUCGGUCAGCGUUAAAAGUGCUGAAGAAAAGGUUGAGAUCGUGCAACAAAAGCCGGAGCAGCAAGUUUUGGUACAGUCGGAAACUAUUUCAACUACGCUGGUUGAAACAGUCGAUCAGCAGCAGAUCAUAGUAACUGAGAUUAAAACAGAAGAAGUGCUCGUUGAACCGGCACAGGAAGAACCACAGCCACAGCCGAAGAGCUUGGAAAUCAGCCAUCACGAAGAAAAGCAAGACGAAACAAAGGAAGCCAACGGUUUGGAACCGGACCAAAACGGAGAUGGUUCUGCGGUUGACUUAAUGACGGCAUCGAUGAUCGCUAAACGCAUCACUACGGAAGAGGAAGCUAAAGCAGCGCUGGCUGAACGCCGCCGCCAAGCUCGCGAAGAAGCCGAGCGCCAGGCUGAGCUCGAGCGUCAGCGUGUAGCCGCUGAGGAAGAAGCGGAACACCAGCGCCAGCUGGAGGAAGAGGAACGUCUACGCAAGCUCGAGGAAGAAACGAUUCGUCUGGCAGAGGAGCAACGUCGCCUCGACGAAGAGCGUCUCCAGCAGGCCAUAGAGGAUGCCAAAAAGCGUGACGAGGAGGAACGGCAGCGUCGUGAAGAGGAAGCCCGCCAGAAGGCCGAACGAGAGGAAACGGAACGCAAGGCUCGUGAAGAAGCCGAACGGCAACGUGUCGAAAUGGCCGAAAGACUUAAGAAGGAGGAGAAGGAACGCGAGGAGCGACGAAAGCGUGUGGAAGCAAUCAUGUCCAGAACACGCGCCAAGGGUAGUGCCAACAAUACGCCUACUAAGCAAUCCGAUGAAAACAAAGAGGAUGCCAUGAGCAAAAGUCAGAUUGUCACCUCCGACACGCCCGCCGCACUGCUGGAUCCAACAAUGUCGAUGACCGAAUCAAUGUUGGGUUCGACGGAUCUCCAGCAGCCGGAAGUGGACUCUGCGGCUCCAGCUGCGCUGGAAGCAGCCAGCGAUAAGGUGGAGCAGUUGGUUCAAGAUGUGCAGUCGCUGUCGCUUGUCGAUGAGGCAGGCGAAGUCAAUCAGCAAACUAAUAAUAACAACAACAACAACAAUAACAACAGCAGUAGUUUAAACAAUAAUCACAACAACAACACGGAUGGAAACGAUGGCAGUGCAGCCGUUUCAAACUCCAGUAAGAGCAACAGCAGUGCCGACUACGAACGCUCGGUGACGGAGAAGGAAAAUUUCCUCCUAGGCAGCUUUAACAAUAAUGUGAACAGCAACGGUGGCAGUGGGAUCGGCAGUAGUCAGCAACCUUCGUCACUGGAAUCCGGUUCGACACCCGUAGGAGGAGCCACCACCAACGGCAAAUCGACGUCCGCUGCGACGACGAUCGCCGAGACGACCGAGCUGAUUAUCGAAGAUGCGAUCAUGAGCGGUCAGACGAAUGGCCACAAGAAUGGCAGUAUUGAUAAUGUGUUUACACAAGAUCUAGCGGCUGUUGACGAUGCCACGAAACCAUUCCUAGUGACAUUCGACACCAGUAGCCCUAACGUUACUGCAACUGCAGUCGAUUUUACGCUUUCGUCAGCAGCCGAUGUUGUCGCCGAACAGGACAGCGCAAAUCACAAUCCACUGGAUUCGUCAAACUUUACCAAUGCGACAACGACUACUGCCACUACUGGCCAGUUGAUCGAUUUCGGUAGUUUUCAGAGCUCGCUGGUCGAUGAAGUACCUCAAGUGUCACAGAAUACGACCGUCCUCACCGGAGACGAUUCGUUUAAUUUGAACAAUAACAACAACAACAACGAUAAUUUUAGCAGUAGUGAUCACCUGCUGAUCGACAGCAGUAGCAACGGUACCUCAACUUCCCCCUCCCUGUUCACCAGCGGCGAUACCAAUCUGAUCAGUAGUAGUAAUUUCCUAAACAAUAAUACUGCGAGGCUAGUCGCAGCAUCCGACAGUCAAGAUAACCGAGACUUGUCGCUCUUGUAAACGAGUAAGAAGUAGUGGCGAAGGCAAUCGCUUUCCUUCCGAUAACAAACCAACAAACAAACCAACACGAGGACCGGCGACGAAGUACUCAACUUUAAUUCUAGCGCGAGACAGUCAGCUACUGAGAAUGAUAGUAACACUAAACAGGCGGUUAGUAUGGGAUUAUUACAUGUUAUUGAAAACAAAAUUAGCGGUAAUGGCAGCAGCCAAAGAGCAAUGCUAUUCGUACCGAUAAUGCGAUGCAGCAACCUUCUGCGAGGUUAGUUCGAAACAAUAUAAAUUCUUGAAAUUUCUACUAACGUUCGAAUAUUAUGAGCAGUUCAGUAUGGUUUUACUGAUUGAUUGCUACGCAAAUUUUGCGUUGUUUCAAAUAUGUUAGUUGAUCAAAAAGGAAGUUAUAUUUAUUAUCAUUUUUUUGCUCUUCUAUAUUAUCACCAUGCUAUCGAGCUUUAUUUUUUUAUAAACAUUGGUUGGUUUGCUAUCUGCAAUUAUUUUUAUUUUUUGUGAAAAAGAGUUCUAAUUGAAUUUUUUUUGAAAUAUUUGUUCAAUGACGGUUUGCUGAUUGUUCCAAUACGUGUCUGUAAAUACAGUUUCAUAUUUUAGAAACAUUGUUUCCUCUUGACUUUCGAAUAAACUAACUUUCAUCAUCGCACAGGUUUGAUUUACUAAAACAAAAUAAAGCUUCAAACUCAGCAGCUUUUGUUGCCGGUGCAGGUGCUAAACACUGCUGUAACGAAGGAAAGUGUAAACGCAACGAGUAAGCUUAAUAGAUAUGUACGAAUACAAUUCACCCAGUAGUCUUCUAGAGAUGAGAUAAAAACACAUUCUGGGUAAAUCUCGGUACACUUACUGUGAAUAUCAAGCAACACACGUGUGUACGUUUCACGUCAAACAGCGUUUUAAAUAUUCCAUGUGAGAUCCAUACAGUCAAAUUCACGGUGAUACAAGAAAUAAAAAUGCUGAUGCAAAGAGAACUAUCGAAAUUACAAGAAAACAAGCAAAUAAGUAAUAUAUUAUUACAUAAUAUAUCAAUGUUGAUAACGUUAAAAGCCUUAAUCCUAUCUGAUUGAUUACCCAUUAUUAUAAUCAUUGGAUUGCUCCAAUUUUCCAGCUCCUAGAUCUUCUGGCUUUGGCUGCUUGAGUGCAGGAAAAAUACACACACACUCACGUAUAUAUACUAUCAAACCAAGAAAAACCCAUAACGAAAAUCAAAUCGAUGAGUUUAGUUUGACUAUAUAUGAUAUAAUUUAAGACGUGCGAAGCAACAAAACACAAAGCCUGCAGUGCAUUGUCGCUGUGACUUUAAAACGAAAAAAUAGGAAUGGUUAAAUAAAUGAAUAAUUAAUUCUAGUAUUCUAAUCUGUUACAUUAUGUAUAAAACACAAAAUGAAAGCAAAACUGAAUUAAAUUGUACCGUCAUAUAAUUGUAGUUUGAUUAUUGCUAACACUAUACACGAAAAACAACACAAGUAAAAGGCACUUGAGAUAAAUAAGGUAAAACACAGAAUGAAAAACUCUACACGAACGAUUCAGAAGAAGAAAGUCAUUAAAAUCAAGACAGCACAGAGAGAUAAAACCUUUGCUGCAUUAGUGUAGUUAAACUAUAAUGUUAAAACAGAAACAAACAAACGACUAUUAACAUUAAAUUAUUUCGUUUCAGUUCGUGUGCUUUUUAGAAACACACACAAACCGUACGUUGUUUUGUUUUUUAAAAAUAGUAGAAAAAACCUAAACAAGUGCUAUCGAAAAUUGAAAAAAAAACACAGUAACGUUGGCCUUGCAUUACUUUCAGUUCCUUCUUAGAACCGUGUUCGACGCGACAGGUCGUGCUCUAUUCUACUGCGCUGCAAUAUUUGCUGUAUAUCAUAUUACCAAAAAAAAAAGAAGAACGCAAGUAAGCGACAUUUUUUCUCCUUUUUAUCCAACACUCAAAUUUAAAAAAUCAGAAAAUUGUGGACUUCCGCUUAUGUAAUGUUUUUUGUUUGCUUAUUGAAUCCAAAACAAUCAGCAUAUAAUCGAGAGCGAUAUUUACUCUAUACACUUUUGGAUAAAAGAAAAUUUGGAUGUUAGCUUGAUGCUAACCAGUAGGACCCUCCUGCGAGACAGCUUGUAAAAUUUGUCCUGCUAAAAACACACCACACCAUACCACACGCGAACGUCGUACGUAUGUAUAAUCAGCGCGCGAUCCCAUAAAUUUGUGUUGUAUAUGAAUUAGACGGAAGUAAUACCCAAAAAUUGAAAAUUUGAUAGCUACACAAUCCUAGAGCUUGGGAAGCAGUUCUGGUUCGGGAAGUAUUUAAGCGUUUGCCAGAGAGUUUGAACUUUGCGCUGAUUUGGUGGUGGCAGGAGCACACCAUCAUCAGUGUUGUUCGAGGAAGGAUUCUGGAAGUGAGCCCGUGUUUGCGAGUCAACACUAGAAGUAGAAGCUGAUGAGCAUGAUGUUGAUGUAGAAGAAAAACGUGAAGCAGUAACUUACCUAAACACACAGUGAUUGGAAUAAAAGAUGACUUUGAGAGAUACCUAGUAGUUAUGACUAAUGAGAAAGAGAGAAAGAGAUAGGGAAGUGAUCAUUGAAAUAAAAAAAACAAAGAUGACGAUGUGAGCGAAUCAGAAGAUUGAUAAUUCUAUUAAUGCUUGUAAUAAAUGCUUUAUAUAUAAAAUAUAUAAAACCAAUAAAAAUAU